UCUUGACAGGCGCUGGCCGCCCCGCGCGGCCGGGGAGUCGCUGCCCAGGAGUGGGGCGCAAGCCCGGCCCGGCCCGGCCCCAAACGAUGACGCGCGGCCGCCGAGGGCGACUCUGAGCCGGCGCCGGCCACCCGGGCGGGCUGCGCUGCGCUGCGCUGCGCCGCGCCUCCAUGUAGCUGCCGCCCCGGGCGCUGCAGCCCGGCCUCCUCCGCCGCCGCCUCCGCCCGGGGCCAGGCGGCUGCCCGGGCGCGCCGGACUCCCUGCCCGUCGGGCGGCGAAGAUGAGCGAGCGGCGGCGCUCGGCAGUGGCGCUCAGCUCCCGCGCGCACGCCUUCUCCGUGGAGGCCCUCAUCGGCUCCGGCAAGAAGCGCAAGCGGCGCGACUGGGACGCCCGAGGCCUGCAGCUGCCCAUGGAGAGCCUCAGCCCCGACGCCCCGGACCACGACGCCGCCGACGCCGACGCCGCGCCCGGCCUGGAGCUGCACGCCGAUUCUGAGCAGAGCACAGGGUCAGACACGGAAGUGUUGGCUGAGAGGACGUCUUGCUCAUUUGGUUCUCACCCCGACCUCCCGUCCAGUGGCUCAAUCCCACAGCCACCUCCUUCCUCAUCUAUGGAGGAGAUCCAGGUGGAGCUGCAGUGUGCUGAUCUUUGGAAAAGGUUCCAUGAUAUCGGCACAGAAAUGAUAAUCACUAAAGCAGGCAGGAGAAUGUUCCCUGCGAUGCGAGUGAAGAUUGCAGGGCUGGAUCCUCACCAGCAGUAUUACAUCGCCAUGGACAUUGUGCCUGUGGAUAACAAGAGGUACAGAUAUGUAUACCACAGCUCCAAGUGGAUGGUAGCGGGCAAUGCGGACUCCCCUGUACCCCCCAGGGUUUACAUUCACCCCGACUCGUUGGCAUCCGGAGAUACCUGGAUGAGGCAGGUUGUCAGUUUUGAUAAGCUCAAACUGACCAAUAACGAGCUGGAUGACCAAGGCCAUAUAAUCCUGCACUCGAUGCACAAGUAUCAACCGCGAAUCCAUGUGAUUCGCAAGGACUUCAGCAGCGAGCUCUCCCCCACAAAGCCAGUCCCUGCUGGGGAUGGGGUGAAAACCUUCAACUUUCCUGAGACUGUCUUCACCACGGUCACAGCUUAUCAAAACCAACAGAUCACCAGAUUAAAAAUUGACCGGAAUCCGUUUGCAAAAGGAUUCAGGGAUUCUGGAAGAAACAGAACUGGCCUGGAGGCCAUUAUGGAAACUUACGCCUUCUGGAGGCCCCCUGUGCGCACCCUCACCUUUGAAGACUUCACCACCAUGCAGAAACAGCAAGGGGGCAGCACGGGCACUUCCCCAACAACCUCCAGCACUGGGACCCCCUCGCCCUCUGCUUCUUCUCACCUCCUCUCUCCGUCAUGUUCUCCCCCAGCCUUUCACUUGGCUCCCAACACUUUCAACGUUGGCUGCCGGGAGAGCCAGCUCUGUAACCUGAAUAUCUCCGAUUAUCCUCCAUGUGCCCGAAGCAACAUGGCGGCCUUGCAGAGCUAUCCUGGGCUGACUGACAGUGGAUACAACCGGCUCCCGAGCGGCCCUGCCUCAGCCACUCAGCCUUCCGAAAACUUCCUGCCUCAGCGGACUCCACCCUUGAUCUCCGGAAUGCCUGCUCCCUCCUCGCUGCCUGCCAAUGGCAAGAUGGAAGCCUACAGUGGCCAGCUGGGGUCCUUCCCAGCCUCUCAGUUCCAGUAUGUGAUGCAGGCGGGCAACCCUGCCUCCACCUCUUCUUCUUCCCACAUGUUUAGUGGUGGCCACAUGCAACAGAGCUCCUACAACGCUUUUUCCCUUCACAAUCCUUACAAUUUGUAUGGAUACAAUUUCCCUGCUUCUCCAAGGUUGGCGGGAAGUCCGGAGAAACUGCCCACCACCCAAAGCACUUUACUCUGCUCUUCGCCUUCCAACGGGACUUUUGGAGAGAGGCAGUAUCUUUCGACAGGGAUGGAUCAUGGGAUGCACGUCAUCAGCAGCCCUCCCAGCAACAGCCAACCCACAGCCAACCCCUGUGAUAACAGACAGUACGGGGCGGUACCGGGGUCUUCUUCACAAAUGCCAGUGCACAUGGUCUAACCAGCACCUGGAGUCAUCCUCUGAGGAGCAAGAACCUCACUGCUGAUCGCGGCAAUCUGGUCUCUGUUGCUUUGCAACUUAAAACAGGACUAGUCUUUGAGCAGUGUAUGCAAAUGCAAGCCUCUACAGCUAUGAUCCAGAGAACCAGACUGAGAGCUACAGGCACGGUAGCCAUUGCUGCCUUUUGUGGAGCUGAUUGGCGCCCGUCCCAGUGGAUUCUUUUUUUAAAACAGAGAAAAUGGCAUUGUUUGCAAUAAACACCGGGGGCGGGGGGGGGACCCCCCUAUAAUAGUAUAUGCAAUAGUUAUCAGAGCUUGGUGUGAACUGUUCGCAGUAGAGGAAGUGCAGUGUGUGUGCAGUUCUUUCUAUGUUUCCUGGAUGCAAACAGUCCAUAAAGACCUCUGCUUAUAAAGCUGCACAGCCCGUGAGAAGCCAUUGUCGUGUCACUGUUGGUCCCCUCUCUUGCCAUCUACAACAAUGAAUUCAAAUCCUGUGGUCUUCUCUCACCCACUAUAGCAACAGAACAUUAUAUCGGAACAGAAAUUUCUCUUCCCAGGGGGGACACUUUUUCCUUUAGGGAAGAGCUUGCUGAUCUUCCUCUUGAGAACACUUUAAAGUCACAAAAGCAUGUCUGAAUGAGAGAAGGCGGGGGGAGAGUAGCAGGACAAAGGUUUCCUUCACCUUUGCAAAUGAAACAUUUCUUUAAACAUAGCUGGCUACAAAACGAUGCGUAGGAUUCCACUUUGGAUUCCAUUUUGGAAAUGCUGCAUUACAGAACAGAGCAUUCAGUUAUGCAUUCAGUGCCUUAAAGCCAUUGGUAGAAGGGUUGCCAAGUCCAAACUGGGAAAUUCCUGGAGGUUUGGGGGAAGAGCCUGUAGAAGGCGGAGUUUAAGGAGGAGAGUGACAAUGCCAUAGAGUCCACCCUCCAAAGCAGCCCUUUCCUCCAGAGGAAUUGAUCUCUAUAGUCUGGAAAUCAGUUGUAAUUCUAAGAGAUCUUCAGGUCCCACCUAAAGGUUGGCAAACCUAAUUGAAAGAUGAAGUAAUAUUAGCAAAGCAACAGCCAACUGUUUUCAGAAUAUAUACAGCCCACAAGAAUCAAAUGUGAAAGAAAUCACCCAAUUGAGUUUGUGUUAAAUAAUGAGCAGUCCGAUAAAUAUUGUGAGAAUGCAUGGCCUAAGGCCAGCCAUCUUGCAUAAAUGCACCAUAGGAUGAAAAAAUGGUCACCUACCUUUAACCUCAAGGGUAGGCAUUCAGCAUACCUCAGCCUGACAAGACAUCACUGCCUUAAAAAAACAACCAUCUUUCCCUUCUGACGCUGUUUCCUUCAGCCCUUCUAAAAGUAAGCAGGCAAGUGACGCUUCUUAUAAGCUAAGCAAUUAAAAGCCAUAUGAAAUUGCAAGUGGCGAGUAAAGGAAUACAGAAACUACACUAUAGAGAUUUGUUUGAGGUGUUGUAGAUAAAUGUAUUUAUGUUUCUAGUAUGGGGGGAGGGGAACUCAAUAUUAUGAAUAUUAAAGAGGGCAAUAAAUGGGUAUGUAAAAUAUAUUAUAGAAAGAAAAUGUAUAAAGAUUUGCCCCAUGCAGGGAACUCUGUUUCUAGGUGCCAAGCACAGAACUGAUGCAAAAUAAACCUUUGUUAUUUUUU